GUUCUUAAUCGGCAUAAUACUACAUAUCCCAUCAUGCACCUCUGGCAUUUCCACACGCCCCUCACACAGUCCACUCAACCCUCCAUAUUGUUUCGCUUCAUACACCAUGAUUUACAGCUCACCAGAACCAUAGUGCACGCAUCCUGACGCACCACCCCGCUGUCAAAGAGAGGAGAGCAGCGUCGAGCAGACACGGAGCACCAUGUUCACAGAGCUGCUGGUUUGCCUGUUGAUUGGAGGACUCAUCUGCUUCCUGGUUCAGAGGAGCAGGAAGCAGGUCUUGAAGACCGAGGAUGGCUGGUGGGGGCCCGGUGCACCCCCUGAUGGGGGGGAGGACGUCACUAUUUAUCCCUUUAAAGUCAGCACCAGUGAUAAAGAAUUGGAGGACCUGUACACAAGGAUAGACCAGACUCGCCCUGUCCCUUCACUGGAGGACAGCCAGUUUAAUUAUGGCUUUAACUCCCAGUACCUGCAGAAAGUGGUUUCUUACUGGAGACAUGACUUUGACUGGAGGGGACAAGUGGACAAGCUUAACCAGUACUCCCACUUCAAAACUAACAUUGAAGGCGUUAAUAUCCAUUACCUGCAUGUGAAGCCCAAGAAGGUGCCGGUAGGAUCUGCUGCCAUUCCUCUGAUAAUGGUUCACGGCUGGCCGGGCUCCUUCUAUGAGUUCUAUGGAUUGAUUCCUCUGCUGACAGAACCCACAGAGCCACAUGACCUGGUGUUUGAGGUUGUGUGUCCUUCCAUACCAGGGUACGGGUUUUCAGAAGCACCACAUAAGAAAGGUUUUGAUUCAGUGUGUGCGGCACACAUCUUCCACAAACUGAUGCAGCGCCUGGGCUUCCAGCAGUUCUACGCUCACGGAGGAGACUGGGGCUGGCUAGUCACCACCAACAUGGCUCAGCUGCAGCCCAAGACUGUCAGAGGCUUGCAUGUGAACUUCGCCCCCCCUUCUAAGCCGGGGCUGCCCAUGGCUUUAUCCAUCAUGCUUGGGAACCGCUUCCCAAAACUGUUUGGCUUCACUGACAUGGACGUUCAGCGUCUCUACCCCUGCAUGGACAAACUGGUGGUGGAAUCCAUAAAAGAGUCUGGCUACAUGCACAUCCAGGCCACCAAGCCUGACACUGUGGGACGAGGACUGAAUGACUCCCCAGUAGGCCUGGCUGCUUACAUUCUGGAGAAGUUCUCCACGUGGACGAGACGUGACUUCAGGAACCUGGAGGACGGAGGACUCACCAGGAAGUUCUCUCUAGACGACCUGCUGACUAAUGUGAUGAUAUACUGGACAUCUGGCUGCAUCGUCUCCUCCAUGAGGUUCUACAAGGAAAACUUUGGCAAAGGCCUCAACGCACCUCACUCUAAGAUGACUGUAUGUGUCCCCACUGGCUUUGCCUGCUUCCCCAAUGAGCUGAUGCACACUCCCAAACUAUGGGUCAAGCAAAAAUACCGCAAUCUGGUGACAUACACACCCAUGGCCCGUGGAGGCCAUUUUGCCGCCAUGGAAGAGCCCCAGCUGAUGGCCGAAGACAUCCAGAAGUUCAUUAAGCUGGUGGAGAAGAAGAAGCAACAGUAAGGACUGCACUGAUAAACAGGUGAAGGAAAUUCAAUUCAGAAUUGUGGAAUUGAUCAAAGUGAAAGAAUGGAAAAAAGCAGGGCCUCACUGGUGAACAGGAGGUAAACGUGUCCACAGUGCAGUUCGAAGCAUUGUGUUUCUCUAGAAGUGGAAUCCUUACUAUUAGUGAAUUUCCUAAUCAUACUUCUUGGUGAUUGAGCCAGUCUAAUGCUGUGUUAAUACUAGAACAUGUUUGCAUGUUUGUGUCUGCAAUUAUUGUAAAGAGGCAGAAAGAUGGUGUGGUAUUAUGGUGCAGACAGCCUGGACAUUCCUCUGAUAACAUGAAGCUACAGCCCAGUGGCGAGCCGUGACUUUUAUACCUAGGCCCUCUGACCCCCCCUUCCCUCGAAAAAAAGAAGAGAUAUUACGUCUCAACGUAGACUUCAGCGGAAUAUCAAAACAGUGGUCUAGGGUGCAAAACGCAUUAAUGACAGCGACCCUCUACCACACAAAACAACACCAUUUAUAUAAACACCUAUCAUGACAGGGCACCCACAGCCAAGUAACAAUUACAAAUGAAUUAAGUCGGCACGGCGGCCCAC